AUGCUGAGGAUUGAAGUGAGGGUGAUUAUCCAUUGGAAAAAACUGGCAAGGGAAGAGGUGGAUUUUCAUCUCCUGCUAUCUCCAGAUCAGGAUUGGCUGCCUUUCUGGAAGGUCUGUCUCAGCCAAACACAAGUUAUUGAGCUCAGCGCAGGGAUACAGCUCAUGGAGAGAGGAAAAGGGGAAAAUCAAACGGCCGUCAUGGAAUUCAUCCUCUUGGGGUUCGGGGAUCUCCCUGAACUGCAGACCCUUCUCUUCCUGGGUUUCCUAGUGAUCUACAUUGCGACCAUGGCUGGGAACAUCCUCAUCGUUGCGCUAGUUGUGACUCAUCAGCACCUUCACACCCCCAUGUACUGCUUCCUAGGGAACUUGUCCUGCUUGGAGACCUGGUACACCUCCACCCUCCUGCCCAGGAUGCUGGCCAGUCUCCUGACUGGGGACAGAACCAUUUCUGUUCCCAGCUGCAUCACACAAUUUCAUUUCUUUGGGUCUCUGGUAACAACAGAGUGUUAUCUCCUGGCAGCCAUGUCCUAUGAUCGGUAUUUAGCCAUAUGCAAACCGCUGCACUAUGGAACCUGUAUGAACGGCAGGCUGUGCAUUCAGCUAGCAGCUGGGUCUUGGAUUAGUGGAUUUCUAAUUUGUACAAUAGUCACAUGUGUUAUGUCACAGCUAAUUUUCUGUGGCCCCAAUGAAAUUGACCAUUUCUUUUGUGAUUUCACCUCAUUGAUUCAACUCUCCUGCAGCGACACCAGCCAGAUCACACCAGUUAUUUAUAUAUUUUCCUUCCUAGAUGCAGUUUCCCCUUUUCUAUUAACCCUGACAUCCUACAUUUGUAUCAUUGCAACCAUCCUGCGAAUCCCGUCCACCGCCGGGAGGCAAAAGGCCUUUUCCACCUGCUCCUCUCACCUCAUUGUGGUGGCACUUUUCUAUGGGACCAUCAUGAUUGUCUACAUGCUGCCGAAAUCCGGCACCCUGAACAAAGUGUUCUCUGUCUGCUACACAGUCCUGACUCCCCUGGCCAAUCCACUCAUCUACAGCCUGAGAAACAGAGAGGUCAAGGAGGCCCUGAGAAAUACUGUGAGGAGAUCUGUGACCCUUACAAAGAAUCCAAGGUAG